UUCCCCUUCUUUGUUUUCCAAAUGCUUUUGUGAUUAUUACUACAGCAAAUUUUGGAAUAUUUAGUUUCUUGAAAAAGCUAUAAAAUUCAACUUUUGUUAUGGGUAAGCAAGUAAAGUAACUAAGUGUUUUGGUUUCCACUACAAGCUCCCUUCUCCAGAAGAAUCCUAUUCUAUUCUCUUCUCUUGUUUUGUCCAUUUUUCAUUAUGCCUGCAUUGGAUAUUUUUGCCGCAUAAAUCUAUCUAAGAGAAAGGAAAAAGUUCCAUUUUUUCAACCAUUCCUUUUUUCUUUUCUUUUUUCCAAUUUGGGGCGAAAGAAAAAAAAAUGGGACUUCAAAGUUUUGUUUUUCCACUUGGGGUUGAUAACUUGCAAUUCUUUGUAAAGGGGAAGUGUUUUCCACCAUUCAUCACGCGCACUUGUCAUCUAUGAAGCACCGACACUGACACGGACACCGGAUACGACACGGACACGUGAACACCUGUCAAACACAUCAAAUUCAAUCCGGACACGGGCGUCGGUGUCGUGUCGGACACCGAACACGGCAAGAGAUUGGGGUGUCCGUGCUUCAUAGCUUGCCAUCCUUGUUUUUUUUUUUUUUUUUUGUUUCCUACAUGAACGGUGGAUAUUUCAACUGCUUUUUUUGUAGUGUGGUAUGAUCCAUGCUUGAUUAAUAGUUUAACUUGUUAGAAGGAGUAUCAUGGGUGAACAAUUAGGGCUACUAAAAGUCAUGGUUGUGCAAGGGAAAAGGUUGGUGAUCCGGGAUUUCAAGACCAGUGAUCCUUAUGUAGUACUCAAACUAGGGAAUCAGACUGCAAAGACCAAGGUAAUUAAUAGCUGCUUGAAUCCUGUUUGGAAUGAAGAGCUGAAUUUCACUCUGACAGAACCAUUGGGAGUUCUGAAUUUGGAAGUGUUUGAUAAAGAUCUUUUGAAGGCUGAUGACAAGAUGGGAAAUGCUUUCUUGAACCUUCAACCAAUAGUCUCUGCAGCCAGAUUAAGAGACAUCUUAAGAGUGUCCUCUGGUGAGACAACAUUAAGGAAGGUCAUACCUGAUGGUGAAAACUGUCUUGUCCGUGAAAGCAGUAUCAACUGUGUCAAUGGUGAGGUGGUGCAGAAUGUUUGGUUAAGGCUUCGUGGAGUUGAGUCUGGGGAACUAGAAUUGACUAUCAAGUUGGCCACACCUGUUGCUCCUGCAAUAUAGUGCAACAAUUGCAUGUGUCAUAAGUGUAGAUGUCUAACUAUUGCAUGAGUCACUUUUGCCUUUUAUUUUCAAAUUUAAAUUUCUUUCUUUUUAGUUCCUUUUAAUUGAUUUUUGACUGUUUGAAUUCAUUGUAGUGGUUUUUUAAUAGAUGAUAGACUAAAAAGAAUAUUUUUUUAAAAUCGAGGACUAAAAUAAUAAUAAUUUAAAUUUGAGGCAUAAAAAACAAAAGUAAUCUAAUUUGAGAAAAUUAAAAACAUAUUUAAGUAUAAAAAAACAUUAAUAGAUGCUUAUUCCAAUUAAAUUUAGCAGUGAGUUGGUGAUGUCUCAUCCCCAGUUAAAAGGGCAUUAGAAGCCGCAUCUUCAAAUCAACAAGUAGAAAUUUAUGGCUUCUUUAGACUUUAUGGUGUUCUUCUCUUGUGUUACCUUGUACUACAUACCUUCCUCCCCCAAAAUAGUAUAAAUUAAUAUUCAUUGUAGCUAUGAGCAUUCAUUUGGGUAUUGCGUGAGUUUUGAUGGUAUUGUAUUGAUCUGCAGAUAAGUCAAGAAAAGAGAAAUUGUGAUGCUUGCUAAUUUAUA